UUUUUCUGGCUUGCGAAUGCCGUUAUCCGGUGAGGCGGCACUGCGACGUGAGAUUGAGAAGGAGCAAAUCCGCAGGGAGAUUUUGCGGCGGAUAGAGUUGGAGGAGGAAGUGAGAAGGGAACUUGCAAUGGAGAAAGAGUUGGGGAUUUCAUUACCAAGGCCGCUGAUGACUAUUCCAGGACUAAUGUCUCAUUGGUCGAAUACAACUGUGAUGAACCCUGCUGCUGUUGCUCAUAUAGGUGUGUCGCAACCACCGUCGGUUUUGCCCCCUGCAGAAAUCAACCCUUCUUCGGAGAUCAAUGACAAGGGCAAAGUUAUUGUGUUGGAUAAGCCGGAUCCUGAUCUCUUUAAUGCAAAACGAAAAGCAACUACGCCUCCUGUUUCUGAAAUUGAACCUUUUGCAUUUAGUUUGAAGAAAAAACCGAAGGAGGAGUGGAGUUGUGCACUUUGCGACAUUAAAGCUACAAGCGAGAGUGGUUUGAAUGCUCAUUUAAACGGUAAGAAGCACAAGGCCAGAGAAGCGGGAAAAAACAGGAAGAUUGCCAGGAGAAACAAAAAAAAUGGGAAAAAUGUAAUGGCUACUCAAACAGUUGUUGCUACCACAGAGUUAGAGGUUGAUGCAGAAAAAGAUCAACAACUUCUUCAACCUUGCACGGCCUUGGCAGCCAUGAAUGAGAUUGUUGCUACCACAGAGUUAGGGGUUGAUGCAGAAAUAGAUCAACAACUUCAUCAACCUUGCACAGCCUUGGACGCCAUGAAUGAGAUUGUCGCUACCACAGUGUUAGGGGUUGAUGCAGAAAAAGAUUUACAACUUCUUCAACCUUGCACAGCCUUAAAAGCCAUGAAUGAGAUUGUUGCUAACACAGAGUUAGGGAUUGAUGCAGAAAAAGAUUUACAACUUCUUCAGCCUUGCACAGCCUUGAAAGCCAUGAAUGAUAUUGCUGCUACCACAGAGUUAGGGGUUGAUGCAGAAAAAGAUCAACAAAUUCUUCAACCUUGCACAGCCUUGGAACCCAUGAAUGAGAUUGUUGUUGAUAAGGUUGUUGAAGAGAGUAAAAAAGAGGAGCAGCUUGUGAAUACGGUGGCUGAUAAUGAUACAAGUACAACAGAAUCAAAAAAUGAGAAAUUUGUGGCAAUGAUGGUUGGUAAAAAUAUAACUGAUUCUAAAAUUGAGGAGCAACUUGAGGGGGAGACAGUGGCUGAUAAUGGUGCAAGUGAGUAUAAGCUCGAGGAGAUGAUUGUCAGUAAUGAUGUUAUAAAAUUUAAAAAUGGGGGGCUGCUUGUGGAGAAAAGCCAAAGUGCAGGCUGUUUGGAGAGUAAAAAAGAUGCUGCAAUUGUGGAAGCUGAGAAGAUAAGUGCAUCAACAAAAAGGAGAAAGGUUGAAAGUUUGUGGUGUGAUAUUUGUCAAAUUAGCACUUUCUCAAAAGCUGUGAUGGAAGGUCAUGUGAAAGGGAAAAAACACAUAAAGAAAAUGAAGAAGUUUGGACAAAACAAAAACAAUGCAAGUCCCCCAUCCACUUCCUCUGUAUCACAAAGUUCUCCUAUGUUGAUCAAAGAUGCAUAAACUGUCAACAAAGAAGCAAGGUAAAGGUAGAACCAUUACUGAAGAAAUAAGUGAUUUUUUUUCAAUUCUGAUUAAGUACUUCGUCUAGUAGCUGAAUCAAGAGUAGUUAGAAUUUAUGAAGGAUUAUUAGCAUAUGCAGAGUGUUAUAAUAAUUUCUUGAAACUCCAUAUUUUUAAAACUAACUUGCAAACAUUUUUAAUGUGCUUUAUUUUUUUAUGUAAUGUUAUGGAGAGCAUUAUCUCAGGAACU